AUGGGCGUCGAAGACGGCGGCGCAGAAGAAAGGGGCAGCGGCAUCGACGACCCAUGCGCCGAAGAUUUGGGGGGCAUCACCAGCGGCACACACAAUUUGGACAGUGGCAGCGACGUCCCCCAAGAAGGGAGCCUCGGCGUCGACGACCCUGGUGUUGGAUACAAGAAAAGGUGUAGAGGCCGCGAAGGACCUGAUGUUCGAGAUGGGCCGCCCAGGGAGUUUGGAGCAGUGGAGUUAGCCCUGCGGAAUUCGUCAACAAGGGGGACGAAGUACAUUUUGGAGCCAGUUAUUGGCACUUCGUUCGACUCUCUGGCGGAAGCCUACGAAUUCUACAACCUGUACUCAUGGGAGGUUGGUUUUGGUAUUCGAUAUGGGAAAAGCUACACAAACGGGAAGCAUUACCGGUCAUCGCAAGAACUGAUUUGUCAGUUGCAGGGGUUUGACAACAGGGACAAAAAUGAUUCCCCCCGUUGUGGGUGCAAGGCGAUGAUUCGUCUGCACAGCAGGCGGCAGUACACAUGUUUUGGAGAUGUGGUGGUGUUCGACACAACUUACACCACAAAUCUGUACAAGAUGCCGUUUGGGUUGUUUGUUGGCGUCAAUAACCACUUCCAGACAGUGAUAUAUGUUGGUAUCCUGAUGUCAGAGGAGACAAUAGAGGGAUUCAAUUGGGCAUAUAAAGAAUUUGUAUCGCUCAUGGGAGGCAAGGCUCCCUUGACAAUGUUGACAGAUCAGUGUCGGGCCAUGGAGGUGGAUAUCGGCAUGACUCUUCCAAGUACUGUACACCGCUGGUGUAAGUGGCAUGCUUUCCGGAAGGCUAAAGAAGAACUAGGUGUCAUUUUUAGUAAGCAAACAGGUUUCAAGGACGCCUUCCACAAUGUUGUUAAUGAGAUGCUGACUAUUGACGAGUUUGAGAAGGCCUGGGGUAGGCUUAUUGAAGAUUUCGGGCUUGUUGAGAACAGUUUCAUGAUUCGGGCGUUCGAGGCUCGACACAACUGGGCGAAACCAUUUUUCAAGGACAAGUACUGUGCAAGGAUGAUUUCGACUCAGAGAGUUGAGAGUGCAAACCACAUGUUGAAGACAUAUGUCCCUCGAAAUUCUUCAAUGAACAAGUUUGUGUCCCAGUACAACAAACUACUUAAAGAUAGGAAUGAAGCUGAAGAUCAUGUUCCGGGGAGUCUUCCAAAGAAGCCCCGCAGGCAGAACAAAUGUCGGAAAUGUGGUGGUUGAGGCCACAACUCGGCAACAUGUACCGCAGGCUUUGAAGAAGAAGAUGCAGGAUUGGAAGACGAUGCUUUGUUCAAAUUACUUUCUGUAUUGUAACGCCUCCAGAUGUCUUUAAUGUUGGCAUUUUGUCUAUUUGAAUUAUUCUGAUGAAUCGAAUUGCCAGUAUCUGUAGCA